AUGUUUGUUCUACCACCUCCACCUCCCCGCUAUACUAUCCCUGUCGCAUAUGCGGCGGGGGCAGCAAAUGGUAUGGCGGUCCCAGUUGUUGAGACGAAUAAUACAAUCAGUCACCCGGAGGGUGGCUGUCCCUUACAGGUCGGAGAAGGUACCUACACACUUAAAGAUGACCUUCUCUUGGCAACACCACCCCCUCAUCCUUCCGAAGCCCCGAUCAUCAAUCCGAACCCUCUUGCGACCGUUCCAAACCCGCCAACAUGCGUCUUCCUUAAGGCCGCUGUCUCCGCUCCUCAGUUUGGCGAUGGGAACUCCGCGCUUGCACCGCCAGCAGCACCACCCGCGAAAGAUGCGCUCAAGAGACGGAAGCCAAAGAACAAUAUCAUCAAAAGCAGUUCCUCGUUUGUCUCUCGGGUGAUCACUCACGAAACUUCCGCUAAGCGCUUGAAUGAACGCGACCCAAAUGGCGUUUUCGCAUUUGCCAACAUCAAUCGUGCAUUCCAAUGGCUCGAUAUCACCUCCGCUUCCAAAGAGGACCAUCUUACCAAAGUUCUAUUCACAAAAGCUCAUAUGCUAUGCCAUGAUAUCAAUGAUUUAACCAAGACCUCAUCACAUUUGGAUAUUGUGAUGGGUUCAUCUGCUGGAGACAUCAUUUGGUAUGAGCCUAUGUCUCAAAAGUACGCCCGGAUUAACAAGAAUGGCGUUAUUAACAAUUCUCCUGUGACCCACAUCAAAUGGCUCCCUGGAUCUGAAAAUCUCUUUAUGGCCUCACAUGCUAAUGGUGUUUUGGUAGUGUAUGACAAAGAGAAGGAGGAUGCUUUGUUCACACCAGAGAAUACGGGAAUUCCGGAAAAAGAAAUCCCGUUAGAAAUUUUGAAAUCAGUCAACUCACGAAACCAGAAGACGAAUCCUGUCUCAUCGUGGAAGUUGGCCAGCCAGAGAAUUUCUAACUUCGCCUUCUCGCCGGACCAGCGCCAUUUGGCUGUCGUUCUGGAGGAUGGUUCUUUGCGACUCAUGGACUACUUAAAGGAAGAGGUUCUGGAUAUUUUCCGCAGUUACUAUGGUGGAUUGAUCUGUGUUUGCUGGUCACCUGAUGGUAAAUACAUCGUGACAGGCGGCCAGGAUGAUCUCGUUACGAUCUGGUCAUUCCCCGAGCGCAGAAUUGUUGCCAGAUGCCAGGGCCACAACUCCUGGGUUUCGGCUGUGGCUUUUGACCCGUGGCGCUGUGACCAGAAAACCUAUCGCUUUGGUAGUGUUGGUGACGACGGUAGAUUACUUCUUUGGGAUUUCAGCGUUGGAAUGCUCCAUCGCCCGCGUGCUCAUCAUCAGAACUCGACCCGACAGCGCACCAGUCUCGUCGCACCUAAUUCCCAGUCUGCACCUCGAACUCGUGCUAAUAGUGGCGCAAACCGAAUGCGCUCUGACUCGGAACGAACUGAGAACUUCUACAGUGAAUUUGAGCCAGUAACCAGCCACCCCAUCGAGCCUCGAUCUCGAACCGCUAUGCUGCCUCCAAUCAUGUCUAAGAUUGUUGGUACGGAUCCAAUCUGCUGGGUCGGAUUUCAAAAUGAUUGCAUCAUGACAUCCUCCUUGGAAGGCCACAUUCGCACUUGGGAUCGACCAAGCGACAGUGUGAUCAAUAGUGCAACCAGUCUGUGA